AUGAAGUUGGUCCUAAUACUUUUAGUAUUUGUAAUUUCAAAUGCAAUUGAGACAGUUAGCAAUAAUGACAAACAGUAUCAUUCUUACAUCAAACAAAUUACUGAAAAAAUGACAGAAGUGAAAAGUAAACAUGGGAAACGAAUUGCUGAAUUAAAGAAUCGAAUGAAUAAUUUACAAAAUGAACUAAAUAAAAUGAAACAAAUAAUGGCCAAUGAAAUAAAUAAAAUGAAAGAACAAGUAGUUGAAUUGCGUGUUGCAGAAAAAGAAACAAAGAAGGCUAAAAUAAAUUUAAAACAAAUGGCAAAUCAAAUAUAUAAAUUAAAAAAUAAAGCACAAAAAGCUGCUAGUGAACCUGAUAAAAGAGUAAGUCAAACUAUUAUUUCACAAUUAAGAAAAAAGAAAGUUUCAUAUGAGAAUAUACUUCUAUCAAUGAAAGAGAAAUACACUAAAGCUGAAGGUAUAUUAAAAUCAAUGAAGAAAAAUCAACACCGAGUUAUGAAUCAAAUCUUCAGAUUAAAACAUCGAAUGUUUAGAGUAGAAGAAAAAAUUCGAAGAGAAAAUGAUAAUACAAAACGUUUAUUAGCUCAAAAGAAAAAAUUACUUAAAGAAGCAAAUCAAUUAGCUUCAGAUAAAAAACGUUUUGCUCAACAAAAAAGUAUUCUUGAAAGUAAAGUUGUUGUGUUAAAAGAACAAAUGCAAAAUGCAACAAAACAACAUCUCCCUAAAUUACAAAGUCAAAUGGAACAAUUUAAAGAACGUAUUUCAUUUUUAGGUGAAAGUAUAAAAGAUGUACUUGAAAGAGAAGAAGAACUCUUUGUUGAUUCUCCUAAACUUUCCUCAGCUAAACAAGAAUUUCAUUCUAAACUUAAUCAACUCAAACAAGAUAGAUCAAAUCUUCUUCAACAAAUAAAAGACGCUCGUUAUGAGUUAAAACAAAUGAAAGCUAAAUUAAAUCAAUCAAAAACGAAGAAAGCUAGUCAAGGAAUUCUUCGUGAACAAAGAAAUCUUGUUAAUGAAGCAAAAGAAAAAGUUAUUGAAGUAAAAAGAAAACUAGCUGAAAUUAGAAGAAAAAAAGAUGUUGUUGUGAGUACUUUUAAAGCAGAAGAAAAACAGUAUUAUGAAAAUAAAAGAAUUAAAGCAGAAAAGAAAGCUUUUAAACGAUUAUCUGAUAAUGUCAAAGAAUUACAAAGGGUGUUUAAUAGAAUUAUUAGAAUUAAAAAUGCUAUGAGAACAAAUACCAGUGAAAAACUAAAACAAAGAUUAAUCAUUGUUGAUGGACAUAAAAAAGAAUUAUUAAUUAAAAUUAAAGUACUUGAAAAUAGAUUACUUAAUUAUCAAAAAGUUAGACAACAACAAUUUAAAGUUCAACGAGUUGAAAUGAGAAUGAAAAAAGAACGGAUUAAUAAAAUUUUAAAUGAAUUAUAUAAGAAAAUUGCUAUAAAGAAAACUUUACUUGAUAUGAGUAAAGAAAGUCAAAAAUUAAUUAAUGCUAAAGAAUAUUUCUUAAGUGUUGAUAGAGCUAAUGAUUUAGAAAAGAAAAUUGCAAGGAUUAAUGCUAUUUCCAAUGAUUUACAAGUGAAAGAAGUAAAUAUGCUUAAAUCUGUUAUUAAACGAAUGAAAGUUAUUGUUAAUAUUAUGGGAAUUAAACAAGCAAGCUUUGAAGAGGAACUUGCUGGAGAUAUGGCUGAGUUCCAUAAAAUUAUUGAUGCUUUCAUUGUUUCAAAAUAUAAUUUGGAUAUGCAAACCAGAGAGAAUGAACAACAGGCUCAACGAUUAAGUGGAAAGUAA